CACCCAGGCUGGGCGCUGGCACGAGACGAAAGUGCACCGAGGCGUCCUCUGCCCCAUGUUCAAUGAAACCUGCUGCUUCCACGUGCAGCUGCUGGACUUCAAGCGCUUCUCUGGGCACCAGCCCCUGGGCGCGCUCAGCCUGCCCCUAGGCGCCGUGGACCUGCAGCACGUCCUGGAGCGCUGGUACCAGCUGGGCCCGCCCGGCACCACCGAGCCCGAGCCUCUGGGGGAGCUGUGCCUGCCUCUGCAGUACGUGCCCGGCGCCGGCCGGCUGUCCGUGGUGGUGCUGGAGGCCCGGGGCCUGCGUCCGGGGCUGACAGAGCCCUAUGUGAAGGUCCAGCUCAUGUUGGAGCAGAGGAAGUGGAAGAAGAGGAGGACGUCUGCCAGGAAGGGCUCUGCCAGCCCCUACUUCAACGAGGCCUUCACCUUCCUCCUGCCCGUCAGCCAGGUCCAGUCUCCCCAGGCUGAGCCGUGGGCGCUGUCCAUGCUGCCCUGGGGAACCCGCUGCAAUAAACGCCUUCUCCUGCCGUGCGUGUCCCGCUCCAGCCCCGUGGGGACAUGGUGGCAGGGCCGGGGCUCCGUCCUCCGCAUGACAGCCCCUGUCCAGACCCAGGUUACCCGGUGUCUGACCGGUGCUGGCCCCUGGGUGGAGGGGGACCCCGCAGGAGUCCUAACCCCUCCGGCCCCCACGGGAGAGGCGGGAGGUGGGCUGCAGCAGGGCACAGUGUGGGGGAGGGACCCUAGCAGCUUCGGAUGCCACUGCGGGGCCUCCCCUGUGUGGACAGCAGGGGGCACUGCACACCUUCGGAAGCGGCUCAGGGCCUUGGGGGGUGCAGCCCUGGCCGGAUGUGCCUCCCCGUCCCCACACAUCUGGGCUCCCGCACCGCGUGUCUCCUCUGAUCUGCCCCAUGGCCUCGGAGCAGGCAGGGCUGGGGCCAAGAGCCCCGGGAGAAGGCGCCAAGUCACAGCCCGAUGCCUCUCCAGGGUGGGCACCCGUGGGGGUGGGCCCGCCCUGGCAGCCAGGCGCCCGAGCCCCAGCGGGUCAGAGCGAGGUUCCCGGGCCGGCGGUGCCGCUGUCCCUGGGUGCGAGGACGUGUGUCCGAGCUGCCCAGGUGAGGGGUCUCGGGGCAGGCCGGCCCCACCCCCGAUCCUGCUCCCAGGGGUGGGGGAAGACAGGUUCACGCUGUGCAGGCCGGGGAGGCCGUGUUUGGGGGGUCUGGGCCUGACCCGAGAGGGGCUUGCUGACAGGAGGACAGUCGAUAGCAGGGCCCAGCAGGGAGAGCCUGCUGCCGUGCCCAGGGACAGCGAGGCUCGGUAGCCAAGGCA